GGCGACGAAAGUACGAGGAGGAGGAAGACACGAUGAGAGAGCUACUGAAAAAUACUGUUUAAAAAAAGGCUGCAAAACGGAUUCAAAGUAACAAAAUAUUCCGGCAGCUGGAGGAAAUACUUGCACUGUAUUUUCCCCAAGCCUGGCAUUUUUGUUCCAGGGGAUAUUCCAGAAGGCCAGCAAGUCACAGGGUUCAGGUUCACGGGCAAGGAGGCCAGUUUGGGUGCGCAUGGGGCACCGGGCACGGGCGACGGCCACUGUGGAGAGGCGCCAAUUUCCCAGGCAAGGAAGGCUUCGAUGUUGCAUCCGCACCCGAGGGACGUGUGUCUGGCUGUUAAACUGCAACACUACACGAUAUACUCUAGAGCAUUACUAUUGCUUGGCCGCGCAAAGGAGAGAGAUACAGUUGUCUAUCUGUCAUGGAAAAAGGCAACAAAAAAAGAAAAAGAAACCGAGACAGGCGCCUCCCAGGGAGAGAGAAUACUAAGACAUAUCGCCCCCAAGCAAGGAGAAUUUACGCGGGAGAGUCUUCUUUUUUUAUCUAUGCCAGGAAUGCUCGGAGAGGGGCUAGCUGUCAAGUUUUACAAAAGUGAACAGCAGAAGAAUACAAUAUAAUUAAGCAAAAAGAAUCAUAGAAACUGUGACGCGAUGGCAGAGGCAAUCGGACAUAGGCCGGCCCGGUGUGAUAUUAAUUGCCCUCUAUAUAUGCGUAUACUUGGACAGUCCAAGACCGAGUUUAGCACCAAAAAGCCCCUGGAAACGCCCCUCCGCAACACCGCCCGGCGCCCCGUGGCUCUUGGAAUAUCUGUUAGAAAGCUUGUUCCACGCUGGAGCUUCCCAGCUUAGCGCCCAGCCGUUGCCUGCGCCGCGCCUCCAAACGCCCGCUAUUUUCGCCCGCUAACAGCACGCAUCUGGCUGGACAACGGGGGUUGUCGCCUGUCAAAGCCACCAUGGCCCUGCGUAAACGCACUAGCCACAGCAGCGUACGUUUCAAGAUUGUCUACCUAGAAGUGGCGCACAUCGCUGUCGUCAGCGCAAGGACCUUGUCCAUCCUUCGUUCGUUUUUGUCCGUCAGAGUCCGCUCCUUUGCUUUGUUAUCUAGGCGAUUCGCAUUUACAAGAUAAUUUGUCGCGACACAGAGUAUUCGAAACUUUGAACCGGCAAGGUUAUACUCGCCCUUGGCUUCUAGAACGCGCGGCGAGAUCGCUUCGCAGGCGACCACAAUGGGCUCCUCGCCAUUCAAGACAGUAAUAAUACCUGCGAUUAUAUCUCUCAUCCUAUUUUCCGUCGUCACAUUCGUCAUCGUCCCUGUGUGGCGCCGAUACCGCAAUCGAUAUGCCCAAUAUCUGCCCCUCGAUGCCAUCUCGAAUCAGACAGCGUCAUUACGAAGUCGCAUAACUUCCCGGCUCGCCUCAUUAGUACUACCCUCCACCUGGCGGCGGGAUCAAGAAGUUAUUGCGGCGACGGGCGACGACGACGAGCUAGACGAUGGAGAAGAGUUGAGCGCCGUUCAAGCGGACAGGCUGCGAGAUCUAGAGAGACGAAUGGGCGAAUCACGCUUGCCAGACCAUACCCGGCGCCUUAGUAGAGACUUAGAAGAAGGCUUCAUGGACGACAGCGAUGACGACGAUGAUGGAGAUAUGCGCGGGCGUCGAUGAAACCGCAUGUUCCCUUGUAUAAUUACAUUUAUUUGUUUUUGUAUUCUAUUGGCAUAUAUUAGCGUCUUUUCAACAAUUCAUCAAGCACUGAGCUUGCAUUUUGCAUGAUCAAGACUCUUCCUUCGUUGAGGAAUCUAGUUUUCGUCGGUCUAAUUGACUCUGUAGAUUUUGUGUUAUGACCAUUUAAUCUGCCAUAAUAAGUUAAACGGCAUGAUAUAUAGUCAUCAAUACAGGAAUUAAUAGAAAAGACGUCUUUGUUUUCUAAAUUAUUCCACUAAAUUUAGGCCUUUGCAACUCUUGUACCGCUGCACGUCCGUCGUCGCCCCCUGUUG